CCUGCUAAAAUUAUGUCAUUUCUAUUUUGGUUGAAACGUCACGAUACGUAGAUUGAACACUGUGAUUCAUCAUAAGAAAAAGAAGAAGAAACACUAUCAUUUGUGUAUUUUAGACGACGGAGACAACACCAAUCUGGGCUGUAAUCCUACGUAUACGUGCAGUACACUUCAGAGCGGCGAUGGUGUCGUAGGCUUCUCGGCGUCUAAGAGCAGCACAAUUCUAUCAAAACCUUAAGCAAAUGAAGAAACUCGUUCUUACAGACAAGAGUGAAAACAACUCACUUUCUUAAAGUACAGUGAAAGUCACAGGCUGAUUUACCAGGGAAUAGAAGAAGAAAAUUUGCAGAGAACGUGAAGGUGAAAUGGGCAGAGAUGACUGAAUUUUAGACUGGAUUAUCUAAUUUCCAACUAUGGCACAACUGUGUAAGUCUGUUGGAAUGACUCUUUCUGCAAAAGAAGCUGGCAGUGUGGAGACUACGCAGUUCUGUGACUGUGAGUCUGAAAAGUUUAAAACCAAACAGGCUCAGCAGUUAGAAGCAGGAGAAGGCAUGCUUAAUGAUGAUUAUAAAGCAAUGCCAUCAAGAAGUGAAAACCCCACCAGUUCAGCUGGUGUCCCUGAACAGAGUCAAAGAAGCCAAGUAGCUAGUGAUGGAGAGUGCGCAGCUGGCAGGGGAGAGAAUGCAGCUGACAUAGGAAAGCAUGCAGCUGGCAGGGGAGAUUACACAGUGGAUGGAGAGCAAGAUGCAUGGUGCUGCAGAGAUCAUGGCUGUAGACAUAAGCACACAUCCCAGCUGUCAGAAGCAAGGAAUUUGCCUCCUGAAAAACUGGAGAUGAAACAUUGCAUCAGUUCGGACUUUGUUCUUAACAACCUAGAUCAGCAGACUUCAAAAGUAUUCCUGCUGGAGGAACACACAUCAUUGAAUUCUUUGACAUUUUCUGAUAAGCAGCUUCAGAUGCAGGCAGGUGCUGAACAGAGGAAAGAUCAUUGGCAGGAUGUUGUCAUUCCUCAUGACCCUUGCCCUACCGACCUCUUGAUUGACUUCUCUGAGCAGCAACCUUGGAUGAAUCUGAACAGGAAUAUUUUCGGGGCAUCUCAAGCUAACCUUCACCCCCAUCAUGACAGCAGAGGAGAGGGAUUAGGACUGCAAGAGAAAGAUAUGUGCCUUGAAGAAAAGCUUAUGAAUUCAGGAAUUGAAUCAGAAUCAUUGACAACUGGUAGUUCAGAGUUUGACAUGAUAGAUGAAGAUUACAUCGACAAGGUGAUUGGAAAAUUAGAGAACCCUCAGCCUGAUUGCUGGCUACAGAGGUCUAGCAGUAGCAUGAUGCAGAGUCCUAGUCUUCUUGACACAGAUGUCCCAAGCUAUCAGGAAACAGGAAGUUUAAGCCUUUCACAUCCUGAGGACUGUAUUCUCAACUCGGAGAAUCCUAGACUUGGAAUGACUCCAAUCACACGUCUUCCUGAACUCCCACAGGAGCAGGUUCCCCAUAUUCAAGGUAUGAUUGUUCCAGAUGUAAUCAGCACACACAAAUCCAGCACUUCAGAACAUCAUUAUUUCAGUUCCCCUGUUCCUGUUCAUCCUUUCUCCAAUGUUAUCAACACAGAAGUGCAAGAGGAUGAAAGUUGUCCACAGGAAUUUCUGGUGUCAGUAGCAGAACCCAUUUGGACAGAAUCUGCAAUGAAAAUCCCUCCACAGCAAGGCAUGCAGAAUGAAAUCUACCCAAAUAUCAAUGAGGAAGAGGAAGAAUCAUCUUUUUCAUUAGUCCAAGAAGCGGAGAAAUCAUCAGUCGAAGCAGGGGAGGAGCUGUUGCCAUCAGCCCAAAUAGAAGACAUUUUGGCCAAUCCACAGAGUAGUCUGUGUUAUAAGAGUAAGAUUAAAAGUCAGGAAGUAGCAGAACUGAGUGCUGAUAGAGAACAUGCAAGUGCAAGGGAGUGCAGAAAACAGAAUGAUGACAGAACUCAGAAGAUUGAUGUCAGUGACAUGGAGUUAGUGAGUGAUGAUAGAAAGGAAAGACACGAGGAUGAAGACAGAAUGAGAAGAAUCAACAGCAGCAGUCAGAGUGGGGACUGUUGCACACAGAUAAGUAUUUGUAAACAAACAAGUGAUCAACAGUUUAUGUUGAACCUUAAAGAGGAGGAGAAUGUUGGCACCAUAAGCAAACCAAAAGAUGACAGUUUGCUGAAGAUGGAUGAAAGGCAACCAAGAAUAGAGGAUGAAGUUGAGGGAAGCAAUGGCAGCACACAGAGCUGUGACCGUGCAAGUCAGACGACAGCUACACAGUUGGACUGGGAGCAGUUUAAAAUUCAUGAAAGAAAGUCUGAGGAUUAUGACUGGAGUUCUGAUGACAAUGGUAGCAUGCAAAGUGAACACGAUGAUUACAGUUCUGAAGAGGAUAACAACACAGAGCCAUUGCAAGAAUCAACAGCUGAUACAGCUUCCGAGGAUCAGCUGAAUUACUUUUUUGGCUAUGAUGAUGACGAGAUGCAUACUGAUGUUUGCCCCCCCAAAUCCACAGUGCCAGUGAGCUCCUUUUCAGUGACUGAAAGCAGCAACGUGGCCAGUUUAAAGCAUUCUUGUGAAGGAAGAAUGGCUGACAUUGAAAACAGCAGCGGUUCUAAAACAAAUGAUGAAGACUUUGAUUACCACUUGCAAAACAGCACUGGUCUCACUGAAGACUCUCUAGUGCAAAGACACAAGGGUAGGGCCAGGUGUAAACCAACGCUCAAACUAAAACUCCAUCUUAAGGGAAUGUCUUGUGCCUCUGAAAACAUGGUGAAUAAAAGAACAAAAAAUGGACUGCUGUUGAGAGAUCAAAAUUGGUCACCAGAAGAACAGUAUGAAGAAAAAGACACAGGUAGUGAGAAUGCUGUAGUUUCCAGGCACACAGCUACAGAUGACUUGCAAGAACACAGCCAGUCAUCAUUUGCUGGUGAGCAGAACUCACAAAAAGCUAUUACCACGAGGGCAGAGCAGCUCAUCCCUGUUAAAGUCCUUAACUGUGGACAGUCAGUAUCAUCAGUCAUUCCUCCCUCACAGCCUUUACCUAUAAAAACUCAGUCUUUGAAGUUAUCAACUGGCAGCACCCAAACCCUUCUUUCAUCAACUGUUGUCAACAAGACAAGAUCACCAUGUUAUAGACAAGCUGAAGAACAGUCUGAGAAGAGACAAGAACAAAAUAUUGGAAAAGCCCAUGAGGACAAUAGAGAGAACUAUAGUCAGAAAGGACAGGUAUUGAAUGUGAGGAAGAAAGAAAACAAAUGGAAUGUAGGAGAGUCGGUGAAGGCACAGCAAGAGAAGAGGAACUGUAGGGGAGAUAAUGAUGAUGAGGAUGUAGAAAGCAUGAAUAUGGAUAAUUGUUUUGAUAAAGUGGAGAAAGAGAAGAAACUGUGCUCAAAUGGCAAAGAGAUAGGAGACAUAAAUAAGAACAACAUUUAUAAAGAAAAAGGAUUUGACAAUGAGAAGAACAUGAGAAAACUUAGAAAUCAUCAGGACACAGAUAAUGAUGAGAGAGAUGAAGAAGAAGAGCAGAAAGAAUCAGGAGAUAAACAAAACUCAGAUGAUGAGAGGGAUGAAGAAAAUGAGAAAGAAUCAGGAGAUAAACAAAACUCAGAUGAUGAGAGGGAUGAAGAAAAUGAGCAGAAAGAACUAGAUGAUGAUGAAAACUCAGAUGGUGAGAUGGAGAAAGAAUGCCUAACAAAAGCCAGAGAUAAUCAAUAUACAGAUGAUAAAGAUAGGUAUGUGCGACAAAGGGAAGUGAGAGAGGAUCACAACAGUCAAGGUGAGGAGAAAGAAAAUAAAGAAGAAAUAGGAGAUGGAGAAGAGGACAAAACAGUGUGUGUAACUGGUCUCACAGCUGGCGAUGAAGAGGUUUGUCAGCUGUACUUUGAAAACACAAAACGAAGUGGUGGCGGAGACAUAGCAGAGCAAGGCUGUGUGUGGGAUGAUAUGGCAAACCAAUUCCUGAUCACCUUUGUCGAUAGGCAGGCUGCUCAUAGAGUUUUAGAAAGAAGCCACACCAUAGUAAACAGAGACCUGCAAGUAAAGCAGUAUGUUCCACCUCCUUGUUUUAAGGACACCGUAUUGGUCACUGGGAUACCACAAGGAACAUCGGCAGAUUGUCUGCAGAAUUUUCUGGAGAGUGUGGCUGAUAUGGCUCUGGAUAUUGUGCAGAUGAAUAAUGCAGAGGGAAAAGCUAUUGUUUCCUUAGCAGAUGAAGAAGCUGAUCUCAAUCAUGUGAAACAUCUGCAGCAAGUAUGCCAGAAGAACCCCUUGUAUGGUCAUUCUGUACUGAGUGUACAAAGAAUUCCACUGUCUCACACAGUACUUGUAGACAACCUCAACCCCAAGACUAAAGAGAGCGCUAUUCUGUAUUUCUUUAGCAACAAAAAUAGAAACAGUGGUGGGCCUGUGACUCACAUCAAAAGACUCAACAGUACAAGUGCUCUUGUUCACUUUGAGAAUCACAGAGAUGCUCAGGCAGUGGUGGACAAAGAAUCGCAUAUCUUAGAUGAGUUUCCGCUGAAGGUUUCAUUGCACCUGGACUGUUUCCCGCUUACAGCUGAAGUUACGGAAGAAGAAGGUGAUUAUUGUUCGAGUCUGUUGACUGGAGAAGGAGUUCCAGCUAUUCACAAAGAGCAUGACCAUGAGGACCAGACUCAAGGAGAACAACAUCAUUCAGCUUCUGAAGAAAUUCAGCAGGAUGAUCAUGACUCUGGUCCUUGUGAGGUCACUCAGCAGGACCAUGUAGCAGAAGGCAGAGGUAGCAGUUUUCGUCAUGAGUUUUCUCCCAUGGAAAGACAUAGUCAAGGAAUUAGUGAGUGGAAGAAUGAUCGUCAUGCUUCAAACAGACCAGACAGAAGAGCGGAAUGGCAUUGUGGAUCUCACAUCUCUCAGCCAUGUUGUCAACAAGCAGCUCGCUUUGAAGGACACACGGCCUUCAACUCACCUGGUCCUAGUGCCGUACAUGAGCACUCUUCAGCAUACAGACCUACCCCUUGUAAAUUUGACAAAGUGGUAAGAGUGGAAAAUAACCGUAAUCUCCACUGUCCACAGAGUCAACAAACUGAAUGUCCACAUGUCAUUAAAAAUCUGGGGUCAGAUGUUGUUGAUCGAUUUCGAGAGAAUAAAGAAGCACUUCGAAAUCUUGCAACUGACCUAAGUCAAAUUCAUGGUAGAUUUCAGUGGAAGCUACCAGAAUGCAUUGAUGUUAUUGCCCUAACAUCUGACAUCCCUAAAGACUGGUAUGAACAGGUGACCAAAAAAUUAGACAAACAUAAACAUCUUAUUGAGGUGAAUCUUGGCAAGGGGAUGAACCCAUUGCCUGAUAAAAGAGAAACACAAAGGCUAAAGCGAUUAGCAGAAGGUGGAGUAGAUUGUAAGGAGAUGCCGAAAAGACAAAUAAAAGAGCAACAUUCAGAUGCUGAUCUGACACAUACAUCUGUUACUGAAAGAUGUAGACCUCAUAUACAGAACAGACUGGAGAAAGAAAACAAGGAAAUCUCGAAAGAACAUCGGUCUAUGUUCUAUGAAGAGAUUAUACCGAAUGUGAAAGCAUGCCAGAUUAAGGUGAUGUCUAAGCCACAGGUUUUAAGCAUCUUUAAGGAGAAAUGUAAAAAUGUUACACUUCUGGUGGAUGAAGAGAAGAGCCUGGUGAAGGUAAGAGUAAGCACAUCAGCAUUUGAAGCAAAGAAGAUGAUGGCAGAUGUAAUGGAGUUUAUGACAAAAAUAUCUGAGAGAAAAAUUCCUCUCUCAGCAGCAAUGGCUAAAAUGUUCACCAAUGUUCAGGCUCAUGGUUAUUUUCAGGCUGCACUUGACAAUAAGGGAGUGGCUUGUUGCCUGCAUCGGGAGUUUAAUUCUUUUUCUGUCAGUGCCCAUGCACUUCAUCAUGAGCAGGUAGAGCACAUUCUUACAUCUUUGUUCAAAGAAGAAAUCAUUAAUCUUGAUGAGGAUAAGCUGGCAUCAACAAAGUCUUCAGCAUGGCAGGAGCUGGUAGACAAACUGCAGCAGAGAGACAGUGAAAUGUUACCUCCUCCUGUUGUGAUGCUAGAUGUUCAGAAGAAUGUUGUAGCAAUAGUAGAUGUUCAUGAGAAUAUAGCAAGGACACUUUCUGCUGUCAAGACAUUUUUUAGUACCAACAAGAUGCAGGAGAAGGUUGAGAAGAUAGACCAGAAUCGUUGCAAGUUCCUGCAUGAGUUUUGUACUGAAGAGAUGAAACAGCUGCAGGAACAAGCCAAAGAAAGAGGUGUGUCUUUUAGGAUCAGCAAGGAUGGCACUAUUACUUUCAAGGGUUUUCAUGAUAGUAUAUCUGUCAUUGAUAAGGAGAUGAAGGACUUCUUAAAAACCAUUCAGAGUCAGCAGAAGACCUUCUCUGGUCCAGGAGUUGCUGCUUAUCUCACCAGCACUCGAGGUCAAGAGUUCCUACAACAGACAGGACAUGCAAAUGGUUGCCUAGUAACCAUGUCUACAGGUCGUGUCCAUGAGACAAGUGAAUCUUCUGAUAACGUUCUAGCCAGAUGCAGAUUGGAACAGGGUGCAGAACUCCUUAUCAUACAAGGGGACAUAACAAAGUGUCAAGUUGAUGCAAUAGUUAAUGCAGCCAAUGGUGAUCUUCAUCAUGCUGGAGGUGUGGCUCUGGCAAUAGCUAAGGCAGGAGGUAAAACAAUUGAAGAGGAAAGCCGAAAACUGGUUUCAAAGUAUGGCCCCUUGUCAGAUGGAGAAGUUGUUGUCACUGGAGCUGGACAGUUGCCUUGUUCCUAUGUCUUGCAUGCAGUGGGACCGAUGUGGAAAGAUGGGCAGAAAGAUGAAACUGCAUGCCUGCACAAGACAAUUAUGAACAUCCUGAAAAUGGCAACAGAAAAGCAGUUGUCAUCUGUUGCCAUUCCUUCAGUCAGCUGUGGCAUCUUUGGCUUUCCUGUGGACAGGGCUACAGACAUCAUUGUCCGUUCCAUUGUAAAAUACUCAGCUGAACAUGAGGACAUGUGCCUUCAGAAAAUCAUUUUGAUUGACCUGAAUAAAAAAUCACUGAGUGGACUGUUGAGUGCCGCAAAACGUUAUCUUGAAAAGAGCAUGACAGUGACAGGUGAGAUUCGAGAGUCAAGUCACAUGACACCCCAGACUUCCAAAUACAAGGAAGAGUCCCCAAGGAAGUCUUCAGAGAGAGCAUGGGAAGACAGACGCAGUGACCCAUCAAAAGACAAGAAAUCAAGACUUCCAUUCAGAAUAAUCUCAGGGGAGUUAACUAAGUCACAGGCAGAAAUAAUUGUGAGCACAGUCCAUCCAAGUCUGGACUUGCAGAAAGGUGUGCUGUCCCGCAGUGUGCUGGAACAUGGUGGUCACAAGAUACAGAAGGAGCUGCAGGAAAUUUCCAAGAAACGUGGCCUAGCUCAGAUGGGAAAGGUGGUUCAGUCAUCUGGGGGGGAUCUCAGAUGCAAACAUAUGUUCCACCUAAGUCUCCCAAUGUGGCGAGAUGACAAGGGGCAGGUUCUUAAGUCAGCCAUCAAAGAGUGCCUGGAAACUGCCAAGAAACUCAAAGCAAAAAGCAUAGCCUUCCCCACCCUUGGCACAGGUAAACUGGGGUACCCCAGUGAUGCUGUAGCAAGCAUCAUGCACGAAGUGAUAGGCAAGUGGCAGUAUAACAACCGCGACACCAAUUUACAGGAAGUGCAAGUUGUGGUCUUCUCCAAAGACAGAGACUCUCUGGAAGCUUUCCAGAAAUUGGAGGGUAGCCAUCACCAUGGUGAUAGUGAACGCCAUGGACAUGUAGCUGGAUACAGAGACAUGGAUACACCAGAUAAUUUAAAGAUGAAAGUUGGGGAAAUGACAAUCAUUGUAAAAGAAGGCAAUAUUCUGAAAGAGCGCUGUGAUGCCAUUAUAAACAGCAGCAACAACUCUAUGGAUCUAACUAGAGGUGCUUUGUCCAGAAAGCUCCUGGAGGCUUGUGGGAAUGAAAUAUUUGAAGAAGUCAUAAAGAAACGGCAUGAGAUGGAGCAGGAAGGGGUUGCAGCCACACGAGUACCUUCAGAUUGCCUUGACUGCAGUUACAUCAUCCACGUUAGUGCUGACCGCUUUAAACAGGACUGGCAUCAGGGGGUGUUGAAAGUACUCAAACUGGCAGAUAAAAUGAAUUUUCGAUCUCUUGCACUGCCGGCACUUGGAACAGGGGGUUUGAGUGGAGCACCACAGAAUCUGGCUCAAAACAUGCAACAGGCAAUAGAAGUAUUUAUAAAGCAAGCAAAGUCAGUGAGGGAGAUACGACUAGUCAUCUUUCAGCAGGAUAUGCUGUUGCACUAUGUGAAUGCCUUCAAGAGAGACACAGCUUCUGGUCAUGCUCAGGACAAAGAGAGGAUGCCAAGAGGCGACAGCAGUCCAAGGUCAUCAUCACAAGUACCUCUUCCAGCAUGGAAGUCAGUACAGGUGCUUGUGUAUUCAAACAAAAUUGGAGCAGCUGAAAAAGUUCUGGAGAAAAUAGACAAACAUAUCAAGCAAAACCAAGCAACAAAACAAGAGGAAGACAGAAUCAUCUGCAGAUUCUCACCCAAGCAGAGGUCAGCCGUAAUGGACCUACAAGAGAAAUAUGAGGUGGCAAUCGACCUUGACACUGAGCAAGGUGUCAUUAAAAUUGCUGGACUUGAGACAAAUGUGCUGAAAGCUUUGGCAGCUGUUAAAGACAUUAAAUCUGAGUCCAACAAACACCAGCCCAUCACUACAAGCAUGAUGGCCAUUCGCUGGGAGUAUGAAGUAGACAAGGGCAAGUUCAGAAGCUUUGAUCCAGAGCACAUCAUGGAGAUAGAGGCAGCUUACAAGAAGAAGGCUUCUACUGUAAAUCUGACAGACAAGAAAGGACGAAAAUACCAAAUUGAUUUCAAAGACCAAAAAGAACAUUCCUUGGAUAACAAGAAUCUUCGGCCCAUUACAGUUCGUCGAAGAGAUGUCGUUCAAGAAAAAUCGCGAGAGAUCCCACUCCCAGACCACUGGCAGCACAUGUCAAAGGGAGACAAGGUGAAGCUGGUGGACUUAAAUCCCUCCUCCAAUGAAUAUAAACGAGUGCUGCAGCACUUUGGAGGCCAGGCUGUCAAGAUCCAGCGUGUACAGAACCCAACUCUGUUCCAGCAGUACAAGGUGAAAAAGAAGGAGCUAGAGAUACACAACCCACCUGGCACUGAAAACGAACAGAGACUCUGGCAUGGCACUGACUCCAAAAACAUUGACAGCAUCAUUACUAAUGGAUUCAACCGGAGCUAUUGUGGGCAACAUGGCACAGCUUAUGGACAGGGUGUCUACUUUGCAACAAACUCGAGCACUUCCAGAGGAUUUGCCAGCGGUGGGAAAAUGUUCCAGGUUCGGGUCUUGGUAGGCGAGUCAACACAAGGAAACUCAGGCAUGAGAAUACCACCUAAUAAGCCAGGGCAAAACCGCCCUUACGAUUCAUUGAGUGGCCCAGGAAUGUUCAUCAUCUUUCAUGACAGUCAGGCCUACCCAGAGUAUCUGAUCACGUACCAGUAAAUUGGACAUUUGUCAAGGUAGACUCUAUAACCCUUUUUUUCAGCGUAAUAUAGUGGUCUUAAUCAGUGUAAUUAGCAUGGGUUCCCCCUAAAAAAGUCAGAGAUAAAACUGAUAAACUUUUGGUUGUGAAAAUUAAAACUGAAGGAUUGGCAUUGAAGAUGAUGAUAAUUUAGUGAAGAUUUAUGAACUUCUUGUGUAAAGUUAUUGUAUAGUCACUGAGCUGGUUGAGACCUGGAUUCUAAGGUUUUUGUUAGUUGAUUAUGUCUUUUACUUGUACUCAUAAUAAGAUGUUGUAUUAUCAUGUUUUGGGAUUGUUUUCGUGAAAUUAUAAAAAUUAAAACUGAAGAAUAGGUAUUGAAAAUGAAGAUAAUUUAACUCAAAUUUAUUGUGUAGUCACCUAGAUUCUACAGGUUCCCUGUUAACGGAUGACGUCUUUCACUUUUACUCAUUGUGACGUGGCAUAUGUAUAAUGUUUUGGACUUGUGUACAGUUGUGAAAUGAGGUGUGCUCUAAUUAUAUAAACUGUGGUGCAAGCACAGAA